CACGCUGUUCGUUUCUGUCGUCUGUUGUCGAGAGUCUCCACCUGUUUGUGGUUUCAGUUUCUUAAAAGAAUAAAAAAAAAAGGAGAUAAAAUCUGAGGAAAAAAACAAGUACUUAUAAAAAAUUCAUUUGAAUCUCUUUCUCUAGCUUUGAUGAUCUGAUUGAUCGAAUCCAUUGAUCCUAUUGAAGCAUGGAACGGAUCGUUGGUGGCAAAUUCAAGCUCGGUCGAAAGAUCGGCAGUGGAUCCUUCGGUGAAAUUUUUCUCGCUACGCAUAUCGAUACGUUUGAGAUUGUCGCUGUUAAGAUCGAGAACAAUAGAACAAAGCAUCCGCAACUGCUUUACGAAGCAAAGCUGUACAAUAUUCUACAAGGAGGAAGUGGAAUUCCAAGCAUAAAAUGGUCAGGUGUCGAUGGUGAAGAUAAUGCACUUGUUCUCGAUUUACUUGGGCCGAGUUUGGAAGAUCUUUUUGUGUACUGUGGCAGGAAGUUUUCAUUGAAAACUGUCUUAAUGUUGGCUGAUCAAAUGAUUACAAGAAUUGAAUAUGCUCAUUCCAAGGGAUUUCUUCAUAGAGAUAUAAAGCCUGAUAACUUCCUCAUGGGACUCGGUAGGAAAGCAAAUCAGGUUUAUAUAAUUGAUUUUGGGCUUGCAAAAAGAUAUCGAGACUCAACAACUAAUCGCCAUAUUCCGUACAGAGAGAACAAGAAUUUAACAGGGACUGCACGUUAUGCCAGUUGCAAUACUCAUCUUGGAAUAGAACAAAGUCGACGUGAUGAUUUGGAGUCACUUGGCUAUGUACUUCUAUAUUUCCUCAGAGGAAGUCUUCCAUGGCAAGGUUUGAAAGCUGCCACAAAGAAGCAGAAAUAUGAUAAAAUAUGUGAGAAGAAGGUGUCCACUCCUAUUGAGGUUCUAUGUAAGUCUCAUCCUGUGGAAUUUGCAUCAUACUUCCAUUAUUGCCAUUCGUUGACAUUUGAUCAACGACCUGAUUAUGGAUUCUUGAAGCGUCUUUUCCGUGAUUUGUUUGCUCGUGAAGGUUAUGAGUUUGAUUACAUAUUUGACUGGACUAUCAUCAAGUAUCAGCAAGCGCAGAAAAGUAGAUCUCAGCUCCGAUCAUCUCCAGCUCCUGGAGGUAGCAGCUUUCAUCCAAUACCAGUGGAUGUGAACAAUCAUCAAGGCAUUAAAUCAAGCAAUGUUUCGGGUCCAGGUGGACACAUGCAACUUAAACAAGCAACAGGAAAGAACUUGAUUUCUGAUAGUAAUGUUGUUGGUGUCGAUAACGAUGAUGAUGAUGAUGAAUCUGAGAAUGGUGAAGAUCUAAAUGAGAUUGCUGUGUUGGAGGAUGUCAUUCGGGAUCAAGAUGAUUAUGUAAAUUCUACAUCGAGAACGGAGUUGACAACUGGAGCUGGAAAUGGUUUUGAGAUAGAGCAGGUUGUGAAACACGGUCAGGAAGUGUCGACCGGAAAACUUGAGGAUAAGAUGAGUGAGGUGGCUAAAGAACUUGGGAUUGUAAGUACGUCUUCACGGUCUCCUGCAUUGGCCUCACCUAUAGUGUCUUCAAUGGCGAACCAGACAUCAAAAUCGGUGAUUGGUAAACCAGGGAAGAAAAAGAUGAGAUGUGAAAUGCCACCAAAAUCGGUGAGUUCAGUAGAUGAGAUGGAACGCAUAUUACUACGACACCGUAGGUCAUCUCGUGCGGCGAGACCUCGUCGUUCAUCUGUACGUGACCAAGAAAUCUUUGUCGCAAGAUUGCAGAUCGGAAAUGCUCCCAUCAUAGUGAACGAUCAAGAUCUUUACGAUCCUCUUUUUAGGAAUGUUUCAUCCUUUAAAAGGAGUUAUGAACUUAUGGAGCGCACACUCAGAGUUUUCAUCUAUAAAGAUGGGAAAAAACCCAUCUUUCAUCUGCCUAUACUCAAGGGAUUAUAUGCCUCGGAGGGAUGGUUUAUGAAAUUGAUGCAAGGGAAUAAGCGUUUCGUUGUGAAAGACCCUCGAAGGGCGCAUCUGUUUUAUAUGCCUUUCAGUUCCCGAAUGCUGGAGUACACCCUUUAUGUACGAAAUUCUCAUAACCGGACUAACCUACGCCAGUUUAUGAAGGAUUACACAGAAACUAUUGCAGCAAAGUAUCCGUACUUUAACCGAACUGGUGGAGCAGAUCAUUUCCUCGUUGCUUGCCACGAUUGGGCUCCAUACGAAACAAGGCACCAUAUGGAGCAUUGCAUCAAAGAACUCUGCAAUGCGGAUGUCACUGCAGGUUUCAAAAUCGGGAGGGAUGUUUCUCUUCCAGAAACAUAUGUCCGGUCCGCAAGAAAUCCUCUUAGGGAUCUCGGAGGAAAACCGCCUUCUCAGAGGCAUAUUCUUGCCUUCUAUGCCGGAAGCAAUCAUGGUUAUCUGCGUCCGAUCUUAUUGAAACACUGGGAAGACAAAGACCCCGAUAUGAAGAUCCUCGGUCCAAUGCCUCCUGGUGUUGCAAGUAAAAUGACUUAUAUCCAGUACAUGAAGAGCAGCAAGUACUGUAUCUGCCCCAAAGGCUACGAGGUCAACAGUCCACGAGUCGUCGAAUCCAUCUUUUACGAGUGUGUUCCCAUUAUUAUCUCCGACAAUUUCGUGCCCCCAUUUUUCGAAGUUCUGGAUUGGGGAGCGUUCUCGUUAAUACUCGCGGAGAAAGACAUUCCGAACCUGAAAGACAUACUGAUGUCAAUAGGGCAAGAGAGGUAUCUUGCUUUGCAACUCGGUGUUCGGAAGGUUCAACGACAUUUCCUCUGGCAUGCUAAGCCCGAGAGGUACGAUCUCUUCCACAUGACGCUUCAUUCGAUUUGGUAUAACAGAGUCCACCAGAUAAAACUCAGAUAGUAGUAACAUCAAUGGCCAUCGAAAACGACGAAACCGAGUAAAAAUGUGAUUAUUCAUGUAUGCUAUGUUUUUUCUUAGAUAUGUACAUAUGAAC